ACUGCUUAAGUGUAUGUUCUGAAACUGGUGAAGUUGGUGAAGCAGGUAAAGUUGGUAAAACUGGUGAUAUUGGUGAAACUAGUGAUGUUGCCGGUGAUAUUGGUGAAGCCAGUGAUGUUGGUGAAACUGGCAAUAUUGGUGAAAUCGGUGAUGUUGGUGAAAUUGCAUCAACUGCUAAUCUUGUGAUCCUAAAUUAG